AUGUUCUUGUUGAGUCAAAUUUCGGAUAUUAUAAGCAUUCAUCCAUCGAAUUUCUGGAAACCCACGAAAGAAGCAUUGGCAGAGGAGGUUCAUAGAAAAUACGCAAAUAAGGUGGUUCAGGAAGUUGGACUUGCCAUUUGUGUGUAUGACUUUACGAAAAUAGGAGAAGGAAUCAUUAAAUAUGGAAAUGGGUCCUCAUUUAUGAAUGUUACUUUUCGGCUGAUAGUGUUUCGACCGUUUCGGGGAGAAGUGAUGCUAGGAAGAAUCAAAUCCUGCAGCGAAGAUGGUAUACGAGUAACGCUUGGAUUUUUUGAUGAUUUGUUUAUUCCGAAAGACAUGUUGUUUGACCCAUGUGUGUAUCGGCCAGAAGAGCGAGCUUGGGUAUGGAAACUAGAAGGCGAAGAAGGACAGCCUGGACCCGAACUGUAUUUUGAUGUCGAUGAAGAAGUUCGAUUUCAAAUUGAAUCUGAAGAGUUUGUUGAUAUUUCACCAAAGAGAAACAAGGGUGCGACUGCGGUUACUGGAUCCGAAGCAAUUGAAUCCAUGGCUCCCUAUACCAUUAUUGCUUCCUGCGCAAGAGACGGUCUUGGCAUUCCCGUCUGGUGGAAGUAG